AUGACAGAACGAAGCGAACGUCGCCAGCAGCUGAAGACGUCGUAUGUCACCAAUGCAGACACCCGCCCCAAGGACCGCGGUGAGGCGCUACCCUCGCGGUCAGAUCGACAACGUCGACACGUCGCCGUACCAGACAACAGCCCCCACGUGAGUAUCAACGCCUCGAGCUCUAAAAGCUCGACUCAUACUCCUAUGCCAUCCGUCUCCUGUGACGGUGAUCACGCCAGCGUCCCAGCGUCGAGGGCUCCACGCAAGGUCCUUUCGAAACCUGAACCGGACGCUGGCUCCGGACAGGCUGAGGAAAACGUCCGUGUCCGAGCGAAUUUUGAAACCACUUUGGCGACGACUGGCUAUAUCAAGAAGGGCCUGCUCGCUGCCACGGACCAGCUUGUGACGAGCCACCUGUUCAGGAGUGUCCUGCUUUUUUUGAUCCUGCUCGGUGCGGUCUGGUUGGCACGCCGGCAGGUGUCAAACAUUGAUGCCGCCAUGAUCGACGUGGCUGUCCGAAGCUGGAGUCUUCUGGAGACGACUUCCCUCGCCGCGUUCGAUAUUGCUAUACGUACCGCCGCCAGUGUCGUCCAACUAUCCGUGUUGGGUGGCCGCUGGAUCGACAACCAAGGAGGGUAUCGAGGCCUCCUGCGGCAAGCCACCGAGUCGAUACUCGGCGUGGGCACACUUUGCGCGAGCACAACGACUCUGUGGAUCGCCACCUGGCUACAUAUCCCCUGCGUGCCACUUGACGUGCAGAUAGUGACUGGAAUUCUGAAUGAAACAGUCCGCGAACUUGAUGGCUGGGUUGGGAUCUCGGACACCCUACCUCCCUACAUCGACUCCUUUUAUUGGGCCACCACGCCUCUUCAGAGCGUGCAAACACGGCUCCAGUGGAGCGACGUCGCCCUCCCACCAAAGGAAGCGCUCACUAAGACGCUAACGAGAUACAUGCGGGAGCUUCUCAUUAGCGCACAACGUAUGUACAGCAUAACCCUCACAACAAACAGAUUGCUCGUGAUGGCGGUCAUCAAUCUCAAGGAAGUUCAGGUGAUGGUCGACGAAGUGACGACGCCCUCGAAACGGUGGACGUGGACAGCGCAGCAACACGCCUCUGCUGAAGAGAUGCUCUAUCGCUUGAUCGACGGUUUCGACAAGCUAAUAGCGAACACUGCCGAGGCCACGUCCUCCUGCCUUGCAACGUUGGAGAAGGCACACGCGCUUGGCCUCGAAUGCGGGGGCCUGGCCGCGCAGUGUCGAGAAGCCAUUGCCGCGAUGCCUGAGGCGCAAUACGCGUCUCCCUUUGGCCUCUUUAUUAGGAAAACCGACGAUCUCCUCACGGCGUUGAGUAGGCUUGUCCAGGACUCCACGCAGCCAAACACCAAGAGUAUCAUCGACAAGCUAGCCCAUGGUCGAAGAAAACUGAAUAACCACCGCGCAAAGCUCGCGCAGACCCGGACGGUCAUCUCUGUUUCUCGAGCUCCGACCAACGCAACGGCCCUGCAACCGCUGCGGGAAGCGAUACAUGAGGUCCUAGGGUACCUGAACACCGCAAAACAAAGACCACGGCCGAACCGAAAUUACGGCAGGCCGGACGAGGAGGGGUUCUUCACGAUGCCACCCGCUUUCUCCGCCAUGCCUGUGGUGAUGCCUGCCUCCAUCAAAGCUGCUCCUGUUGUGACGAUCACCGAAUCAUUCGGCUGA